UCUUAAGUAAUGUAAUAAUACACAAACAAUUACGAAUCAGUUGUCAGAACCUAAGUAGUUAGUGGAUAAGAUCAAAAACCACUCAAUUUGGGACUAACCGACGUUGAAGGAGCAAAGGUUUUAUUAUUAUUCAAAACUAGGCUGUUGCCAGAAGACUCUUUGAUACUUACGACAGAGACAGAAAUGGAUAGAUUGAUAAUGUAGAGGUCGUACCAAUGAUAGUUGAUGUCUACAAAUCAUUCAACAGAAUCUUCUCACCAGCCAGAGGAGACAUUGAUUCAUUUUACAAGUUCAAAAUUGAUUAAAAACAAUUAGGGUUUUGGAUAGAAAUCAAGAUGGCAAAAUCACAUAUCAAGACCUGGAAGAUUUAUGCAUUAGAUAUUUGACCAAUUAAACUCCGACAAAUUUGAGAGCUUCAGAAGCCCCUCGUUAAAGUGGAAUCUAAUAAACAUCAUAAACAGUCACAUCAUCCUAUAGAAGAACCCAGUAUUGAUUGUGAUUCUUAAUAAAAAAUAAAUUAUAUAUAAUCUAAGUGCCU